UUCUCAUUUUGGAUUGAGAUCUUCAAGUUUCAGCCUUCCUGACCGGAUUAUGUCCUCUGACACCUCCCACCGCCGCCGCUGAUCCAUGCACACGCAAUGAUCUCCCACUACCCCCUGACUACGCUGCUCCCCUGGACCCCCGGGCUGAGCCAUCACUGCUUCGACCUGGAGUGCACCCUGCAGCUGGAGGGGGAAGGAGGCGUUGCCCUGCAGAGGUAUCAGGCCCGCUCACCAGAGAGCAGCCCGUGGCAUUGGAGCUCGGUGCAGGACUGGGGGGAGGAAAUUGAGGAAGGAGCCAUCUACAAUGUGACGCUGAAGAGGGUUCAGAUUCAGCAGGCGGCCAACAAAGGAGCAAGAUGGUUGGGGGCUGAAGGGGACCGCUUGCCUCCCGGCCACACUGUGAGCCAGCUGGAGACCUGCAAAAUUCGAAGUAUCCGAGCCGGAACAUUGGAGCGUCUGGUGGAGACGUUACUGACGGCGUAUGGAGACAACGACCUCACAUACACCUCUAUUUUCCUGUCCACCUACAGAGCCUUUACCAGCACACAGUCUGUGCUGCAGCUGCUACUGGACAAGUAUGGAAACGUGGAUGAAAAUGGUCCAGACAGGUGCAACGGCUGUGAAACCAACAGAGCCAUUAGAAAUGCCUUGGCCUCCAUCCUGCGUGCCUGGUUGGAUCAGUGUCCAGAGGACUUCCAGGAGCCUCCACACUACCCGUGUCUCCACAGGCUGAUGGAGUACCUGCGACGGUCCCUGCCGGGCUCAGAGGCUCUGAGACGGGCCGAGGGUCUUCUGGAGCAGCUGCAGAGUCAGGCCUGCUCUGAUGAGACUGAUGCUGGUUUCCAAAGCAACAGUUCUUUCUGCCUGGGGGAGGAGGACGAAAUAGAAAUUGAGGUCCAGGAGGACUUUCUGUCCUUUAAGGCAGACCUGGUGGCUGAGCAGCUGACAUACAUGGACGCACUGCUGUUUAAAAAGGUUGUCCCACACCACUGCCUGGGUUCCAUCUGGUCUCAGAGGGAUAAAAACAACAAACACAGUGCCCCCACCAUCCGUGCCACCAUUACUCAGUUCAACGCGGUGGCGGCCUGCGUGGUCAGCACGGUGCUCAAACACAGACAAAUCAGACCGCACGUCCGAGCGCGGGUCAUCCAGCGGUGGAUAGACAUCGCUCAGGAGUGUCGAAUACGCAAAAACUUCUCGUCUCUGCGUGCCAUUGUGUCUGCGCUGCAGUCCAACCCGCUGUACAGACUGAAACGGGCAUGGGCCUGCGUGCACAAAGACAGCAUGCAGACGUUUGAGGAGUUGUCUGACAUCUUCUCAGACCACAAUAACUAUCUGACCAGCAGAGAGCUACUCAUGAGGGAAGGCACAUCAAAGUUUGCCAGUCUGGAGAGCUGUGCCAAGGAGCACCAGAAGCGCACCCACAAAAGACUACAGCUGCAGAAGGAAAUGGGAGCGAUGCAAGGAACAAUACCUUACUUAGGGACUUUUCUAACCGACUUGACCAUGCUGGACACAGCGCUACCUGACCUUGCAGAGGGUGGUCUGAUCAACUUUGAGAAGAGACGACGGGAAUUUGAGGUAAUAGCUCAGAUCAAACUGCUUCAGUCGGCCUGUAACAGCUACUGUCUGACUCCUGAUCCGGCUUUCCUCCGCUGGUUCAAGAGCCAGCCUCAACUCAGCGAAGAAGAAAGUUACUCCUUGUCCUGUGAGAUUGAAGCUCUCAGUGACAGCAGUCCAACUCCGUCCAAACCUCGAAAAAGUAUGGUGAAAAGACUGAGCCUGCUGUUUCUUGGAGCAGAUUCUAGUGCAGCCAGUUCGCCGGUAAGAGAGACGCCACUCUCGCCUCCUACAGGCAGCUCAGGGGAAAGCAUGGACUCUGUCAGUGUGUCUUCCAGUGACUCCAGUAGUCCUUCAGACUGUGAGGGACUCUCCCCGACUCACAGCUCAGAGACCCACCAAAGGAAGCUGGUUUACCGCGCUAUACACCAGCUCUCAGAAUCCUCCUCCUGUGCUUCACUUCACUCCAUGGACACCAGCUCCUCCACUGCCAGCGUCACCAUGAACUCGGUCUCCCCCCUCCCCAGGCCCCUCUGCGCUCACAGACGCUCUCUGUCUCUGACACCCUUGUCGCCGAGCUCACCGAGUCAAACGCCAGCUUACAACACCCAGGCAGACGAUGCAUGCAUCAUCAGAGUCAGUCUGGAGCACGGCAAUGGAAAUCUAUACAAGAGCAUACUGCUGACAAAUCAAGAUAAGACUCCAGCUGUAAUUUCUAGAGCUGUGGCAAAGCACAACCUGGAGGUGUGGCCAGAGAAGGGAUACGAGCUGGUGCAGGUCAUCUCUGAUGAGAGAGAGCUGGUGAUUCCAGACAACGCCAACGUCUUCUACGCCAUGAACACCUCUGCUAACUUUGACUUUCUGCUGCGGGUGCGAGGCUCGGCCAGCAGGCCAGUCCAGCUGCGCAGUCGGUGCAGUUCUACUCUUCCUCGCACCCAGCACCGCUCGAGUCUGUCGCUGAGACUCAGCAAGGUCACCCUGUGACCGUGGAUUGAGGCAACCCAGGACCGGGUGGGAGCCCUUGACUUGUACACAGAAAGGACAGAUGGACAGAUUGAUUUGGUGAGGGAUGAAGUCCCGUCUGAUUGUGGACUGUUCCAGCACUUCAUGCCCUGCUAUGCAGGGUUAGAGUUAGGGAAUGAAUGUGACCACUGAUGCCUGUAAUGAAGUGAAACAGAGACCCCUUGUGGUCAAGACUCUUUACAACAACAGGAUUUUGCACACGUGGGAGCCCCUGAACUCCUGACCUCCACCAGUACUCUGAAUGAGCUUCUCUUGUCCUGUGACAUCUGUGCAGCUGACCAUUUGCUCUUCUGGUAAUAGAAGAUGAGACGAAGAAAACCAGGUGGAUGAUGAAACAGAAGAAGUGGACUGAUGGUCCAAACACGUUGCCUUUAUUGAUGACUGAAUGAACCUUGACAGUAUUCUGAAUGAUGUUGACUUGAUUGACAGAAGCUGUGACAUGAUUUUUUUUUUUCUUUUAGCGCACCUGUGCUUCCUCUCGUAAUAUGAACUAUGUGACGAAUGCAGUCCUUUCUGUAUUCCGAUUGGUUCAUCACUUAGUUAUAGCAAAUCUUUAGUGAAUACCCAAACAGCUUUACUUGCUCCGUCUUUCAGGGGUAGUGAUGCAAGUUUCCAAUCCAGACAGAACGUUCCCUCAAGUCCUCGGUCACUGACCUGCUAGACUUUCUUUUUUUUUUAAGGUUUGUUUGCUACAAGUAAAUGUGGCAAUCAUUUACAGGGAAGAUCUCCAAGAACAGAGGAGGGAGGUGACUCACUGGAAUGGAAAACAUUGUUCAUGUGUCUCUGAACUGACUUUAAAGUUGCACUUGUCAGUUGCUUGGAUGUGCCAGUUGGACGUGAAAAUGAAGAAAUGUAGUGGUUUACGUCCUCUUCACUAAAUGAUUGACUAUGUUUAUUUGUAAUGUUUAUUUGUUUUUUUUAUAUGUAUGUUUUUUGUAACUCCAUUCAAGCCAGAGAUGUGUGCCAGUAUGAAUAGUAAUUAUUUGAAGUGACUAUUAAUGAAUCCACAUUGUGUUUGUACGAGGGGAGAAAAGUGCCAAAAUUGAACUGUGUAAAUCCACACUGAAGGACGCUUCACGUUUGAAGACUUCAGUCUUUCACUUGCAGCAUCACUGAUGUCUUAUCAUCGCUCACAUAACGGUGACACGUUAGCAGAUUUUAAACUAUUUUAGCCCCCCUUCAGACGUUCUCCAUCAUCACAUCUUCACAAGCAGUUAUUGCUCCUCAGCUCGCACUCGUCAUGUUGUUUUGUUGUUGAAGAGCUGCUUCACUGAGGUUUGUGUUAAUGGCCCCUUCAGAUCAUUUCAUAUGCAGCACUUUAAAAUGUUCUCAUUAAAUUGUCCUCUGUUCAUUACUGCCAAAGACUCUUCAGCUACCUGAAUAAAUAAAUUAUUGUCGUUGUAAUUAU